AUGCUAGCAACGCGCGUCGGCGUCGCCGGACGCGGAGGGACGGCGAGGGGAGAGAGAGGCCACGCCCACCGCGGCGCUGGGCCCGCCUCCGCGUCCGCCCCCGCCACAAAAAGCGCGGGCAGCGCGCGCAGGACCGGCGGCCGGCCGCCACACGCGUCCGUGCUGCAGCAGACCAUCAACAUCCAGCAGCACCUGCACCACCUGCACCUGCACCAGCACCACAGCGUCAUCCUCAGCGGCGCCGGCGCCGGCGCGCUCCCGGAGCUCGACCACCACGCCGCGCUCACCUCGCACCACCACCAGCAGCAGCUGCAACAGCAGCAGCAGCAGCAGGCGCACCACCUGCAGCAGCAGCUGCACGUCGAGGCUCUGCAGCAGCAGCAACAACAGCAGCAGCAGCAACAACAACAGCAACAGCAGCAACAACAGCAACAGCAGCAGCAGCAGCAACAGCCGGCGACGCAGCAGCAGAAGGGAAACCCCGGCGUGCGGCGGCAGGAGAAGCCGCCCUACUCGUACAUCGCGCUGAUCGUGAUGGCCAUCCAGAGCUCGCCCGCCAAACGCCUCACGCUCAGCGAGAUCUACAGCUUCCUGCAGCAGCGCUUCCCCUUCUUCCGCGGCGCCUACCAGGGCUGGAAGAACUCGGUGCGCCACAACCUGUCGCUGAACGAGUGCUUCAUCAAGCUGCCCAAGGGGCUGGGCCGGCAGGGCAAGGGCCACUACUGGACCAUCGACCCCGCGUCCGAGUUCAUGUUCGAGGAGGGCUCGUUCCGGCGGCGGCCGCGUGGCUUCCGGCGCAAGUGCCAGGCGCUGCAGCAGCAGCAGCAGCAGCAGGCGUGCUCGGACCGCGAGGUGGCGGCCGCGUGGGCCAUGCAGGGUGGCGUGUUCGCCACGAGCGACGGCAACGCCUACAUGAAGCCGCCGCCGCUCAGCCCGCUGCCCGACCACCAGCCGCUGACGCCGCCCGCGCCGGGGCCCUCGCCGCACGACCCCUACGCUUCCUACCAGUACGCGCUGCAGGCCGCCGAGCACGGAAAACAGUUCACCUUCGACUUGGAUUUCUGUUAG